UUGUUGGUUUAUUUUCUGUUGAGAUGGAAAAACAUGGCAACGAAGGUAAGGAGAAGCUCAGCCAUCGAUGACGUCACAGCAGUGUCAAAAUUGACAACGACGGAAGUGACGACACUUUAGCGCAUGCGCGGUCUGAUAGAGUUGACAGGUGGAUAGUGGAGCAAGUAGGAGCGACAAGACAAGCUGACGGUUAAGUUUAAAGCCAUAAAAAGAGAAAUCAUGACGGUCUGUAAGUAUUUCAUGCAAGGACGUUGUCAAUAUGGUGUUAAAUGCUGGAACGAGCACCCGGUUGGAGGAGGAGGAAGAGGCUAUAACCGCUCUACCUCUCAACAGCACUCCAGAGGAGAUACAGCUUCACCUGUUGGGACGUACACACAGAGUGGAAAUCAAAUGAAGGCCCGCCCUAGCAGGCCAGUUGCCACGCUAAUGCGGGGAACGCCAAGACGCCGCUGAAAUGAGAAUGGCCGGCGGCUUUUCUUCCGGCAGCUUCUUUGCCGGCGGAAGCGUCUUCAUGGACUUUUGAGGCAUGAAGGCUGGCGGAUUUUCGGGGUGGCUGGUGAGGGCAUAGAAACAAGGUUCCGGUGAAUCCCUCUCACCAAAAAGGAGGACAUAGCCAGCAAGUGUCCUCCCGUUGUUUCAACCGUGGGCAUCAACCGCGGGGACGAUGAACGGGGUGGAAGAGGAGGAAAAGGAGACAGAGGACCAGCACCGGGUGAAGAAGAUGAAGAGCAAAAACUGGAGAUCAUUCAGACUCAGAGUGACAUGAUGGUUUGGGAGAACUCAGACCAGUCAAGCUUUUCAUGUUCUAGCGGCUCCAAAGCACUGUUUUCUGGGUUUGCAGACAUAUCUCCAGAAGAGCAGAGGUUUGAAUAUUACUCCACCAAGAGUUACCUCGAUGGCAUCAGCUGGCUGCUCAUUCAGUGGGGAGACCGAAUGAAUCAAUCUACUCGUGCAGCUUUGAUUGCAGAACUAAGAUAUCCAGCGCCUCGGACCUCGUCAAGUGGCUUUGGCUCAGCACCUGCUGGAUGUGGCAAUAAAGGGUUUGAGGCCGAACCACCAGCCCAAGCAACUAAUAUCAGUUUAGCUUCUCCAGCGAGUGGAUUAGGCUCUCCAGUGGCCCCGACAUCUCCUCCAGGUUUCAGCGGCGCCAUCCCAGCUGUGACACAACCGCCCUCCGGGUCUGACGCCACGCCGUCUACAAGUUCCGAUGACCCUCCAGGUUCCCCUUCCCCCGCUCGUCUGGCGAAAAACUUGCGGCUCCAUCUUCGGGGACAGGUUCCUCCUCCGCAGCCGAGACCAACAAAGCGAUGGAGAAGUCCCGCGCACCUGCAGGAAAUUUGCCAGGACAGGUGCGUGCGGUGGAAACCUCAGGCGGUCUUUACUCACUUGAGAGCGAGCUAACCCAGGAGGAGCUGGAUCAGUUCAAAGCACAAAUGUUCACUUUGGGUCUGAUUCCUCUGAAGCUGCCUCCUGCUGCAAUGCUUGCCAUUUAAUGCUUAAAUGUAUUUAUUUAUUUUUCAUAAACAGUUUUUAUUCAUUCAAGUUGAUGCACAUAUAGAAAUAUUUAUAACAAACCCUUCACUCCCCACACUCCAAACAGUCCUUGGACAAAUUAAAUGCACAUUAAAAA